AUCGCGAGAAGAGCUGACGAAAACACACUUUACCGCCUUUCAUUUAAGACUUUUUCUUUUAUUUUGGUUGGGUAGUAAGCGUAACGUCAAGUGUUUUUAUUGGCCACCUACAUUGUAUAUUAUUUGUGUUUUAGAGUCUGUAGUUUUAGAAGAGUAGGUAUGUCUGACAUGUGUGCUCUGUUUACCUGCGAGGAUCCUGCCACAUGGAGAAAGGUCCAUGAGAAAUACUGGGAUGUAGUGCAGUCCAGGAUGACAAGACAAGGCAAGACGAGCAAGACAGGCCCAAAGCUGCUGACCCUGGACAAAUGGUACCAAGAAGAGCUGCCUGCCUGUAUUUCAAAUCGGUCUGAAAGACAUGUCACUCACGUAGAGCUGGCGAAACUAAUGGAAUGGAAACUUACUAGGGGCAAGUUCAGGCCUCGGCUGCAGCAUCUGGUGGAAUCCAACAGUGCAGACACAGUGGAGAAAUGUUCGAGAAAGGCCUUCAGCCUCCUGCCAGAUGUUCAUGCAGCCAUCACUGAGCUCAGUGCUCUGAAAGGUGUCGGCCCUGCCACUGCAUCAGCCGUGUUGGCAGCUGGAGCCCCAGAGCAGGCAGCCUUCAUGUCAGAUGAGGCCAUGGAGAGUAUCCCAGGAAUAACGCCUAUCCAGUACACUGCCAAACACUAUAUCCUCUACUUGACAAAGAUGCUUGAGCAAACUGAAAAACUGAACAGAUUGGACCACCUGCGGGACUGGACUCCUCAGAAACUGGAGCAGUGUCUGUGGGCCUAUAGCAUCACCACAAAGCAGCAGCUCCCUCUUCUACAGAACAUCUCUGUAAGCAACAAAAGAAACUCUGAAUGUGAGGAGAAACCACAAAAGAAGCUGAAAGUAAAAUAAAAUCAUAUGCAUUACAA